AUGGAAGAUUUUCAAUAGAUUUAGCAAUUAACAAAUAGUUAGCAAGUGGUGAGGGACAGAAAAUGUCCAUAAUGCGGUUCUAGAAGUGAAACAAUAUUUUAAAAGGAAGCAUCAGUUGCUACUUAUGUGCUUUCGAUUAUUUCAUUAUUUUUUUUCUAGUUUUGGUCUAUUUUUGUCAUUCCAAUUAUAGUCUCAGCUACUCAAUAGGUUACUAAAAGGUGUUACGAUUGCGAUAAAAUAAUAGAAAAACAUGAUUUAUUUAGCUUACCUUCAAUAAAUGAUUAAAUUUUGAACUUUAGAUUUGGAACAUUUGCAUUUAUUGUUUCAAGGAAAUACGCUUAUGCCAUUCUAGCUAUUUUUGUUAUUAUAUUUACCUACUGCUAGUUGACAAAAGAAACUCCUGCCAUUAUUGAAGAGCAGUAAAUAACAAAUUAACAAUUGGAUAAUACAUGGACUUAGUAUUUGAAAGAUUGUGGGUCUGGAGUGUAUUAAGAUAAUUCUGUGAGAGCAAAUUCUCACUUUUAGCAAACCUACUUUUAAAAUAUUAUUAAUUGGGAAGGCGUGUUUUUAUCAUGCUGGGAAGAGUGUCCUGCUAAUUUAAAUAAUUGGAUUAAGGAAUACUACUUAAAAAUUAAAAUGGAUCCUACUGAUUCAGACUCUGAAACAUUUGAUAUCGUAUUGUAAGUAGAUAGAGAAACACACUAAAGCAAUAUUGAUGUGAUUAAAAAUCUAUAGUAGUUAGAUGUAGUAAAAUUCAAGGCACAAUUUAUGUCUUUAGGAACAGAUAAAAGUUUCCAUAAAUUGCAUCUAAUAAAGGUUGAACCAACAGGUAGAAAAAUUGAAAGUAUAGACAAAAUAUAAACAGCCUAUGAAUAAGGAAUAUUUGACUGA